GUUGAUCAGCCACUUGAAGACUUAAUAUUUUUUGAUGUUGAAGUAUGUGUUCGCGAUGGAUUAUUACCAACUCUUGCUACUGCUGUAACGCCAAAGGCAUGGUAUUCCUGGUGCAGUGACCGAUUGGUAAACGAUGUAGAAAUACCUAAGCUGUAUCGCUUAAAUCAUUUGAUUGCAUUUGAAACAGAUGAAAAAGACUUGAAAUAUCGUUUGAUUAUCGGGCACAAUGUAGCUUUUGAUCGAUCGAGGAUCAGAGAGCAAUACUAUCGAAAAGGAACGAAUACACGGUUUUGGGAUACAAUGUCAAUGGCAAUACCUAUAUACGGAAUGGCAGAUCAUCAGGUGGCUCUGUAUGAGAAGAAAGAUACGGAAGUGGACGAUUCUGGA